AUGGACUUUAUAUUACAGUGGCUUUUUAUUAAAUGAUCAUAAAGAGAACAUGGAACCAUGACUGGAUGCAAUUUGAGAUAAAAACACCAUUAAUAUAAAGUAAUUUUGAUUCAUUACUGCACCUCAAUAAGACGGAACAUGGGAGCUUCUGACUCUCUGCCGGAGAAAAGGAUUGUGCUUCUUGGGAAAACCGGAGAUGGUAAGAGCAGCGCCGGGAAUACGAUUCUCAAACAACAAGUCUUCAAGAGCAAAGCUUCUUCUGAAUCAGUCACGACUGAAUGUGUCAGCGGAGACCGCAAGGUCCACGGCAAAAAGAUCACCGUUAUUGACACGCCUGGACUCUUCGACACCGGUCUGUAUGAGGAGGCCAUCAAAUCUGAGAUCAUUCGUUCUGUGAUCGAAAGCUCUCCGGGUCCAGACAUGUUCACCAUCGUCCUGAAGGUGGGGAGAUACACGGGACAAGAGAUGGAGGUCGUGGAUAAAAUCGUGGAGUAUUGUGGAGAAGACAUCUUCAAUCACUCAGUGGUUUUAUUCACUCACGGAGAACAGCUGGAAGGACAAACCAUCGAGGAGUUUGUCAAGAUGAGUCCGAAGCUACAGGAGCUGGUUGAUAAAUGUGGAGGCCGCUGUCACGUCAUCGACAGCAAAUACUGGAGAACCCAUCAAACGGGAUACAGGAGCAACAGAGUCCAGGUGAAGAACCUGCUGGAGACCAUCGAGCAGAAGCUGAAGGACAAUCAGAACGCCUGCUACACCAACGAGCUGCUUCAGAUAGUGGAGGAGGAGAUUCAAGAUGAGAUGAAGAACAUAAACCAGGUCAAUAUGUCACCAGAAGAGAGUCGAGAAGAGGCCAAAAAGAUAGUGCAGAAAAAACUUCUGGUUAAGCUGGCAGGAGUGACCACGGGAAUACUUACCGGUGCGUUUCUGGGCAUCGGGGUCGCUGUGGCCUCCGUCGUGUCUUUACUGAAAGCCGCUAAUGAUGCCGGAGUAAUAGAAGCCGGAACCGUAGCCGGGGCCGCGGGAGUCACGGGGAUAGUGGCGGGAGCAGUGGCGGUGAAGGCGGGGAUCAUCGCCACAGGGGCCGGGGCCGCGGGAGUCACGGGGAUAGUGGCGGGAGCAGCGGCGGUGAAGGCGGGGAUCAUCGCCGCAGGGGCCGGGGCCGGGGUCGGAGCUGGUUCCGGUAUUGCUGCAGCUGCGGGGGUCGCUGUCGGAGUCGCGGCUCUCGCCGGAGCGAUCGGGGGAGGAGUCACCGGAUGCAAAGCCGCAGAAGAAACGGACUCGGUGUGUGACGCUAUAAAGAAUACAGGGAAACUCAACUAUGAGAAUGCCAAAGGUGCGGUGAAAAAGGCAAAGAAACAUCAACUCAGACUUUUUAAAAAAGAGACAAACGAAUGUACUGAUCCUGGAACAGACUAG